GGGUGCAUGCUGGAGGGUGCAAAGUGGGGUGCAUGUAGUGCAGGGUGCAUUCAUGGGGGGGUGCACAUGGGGAACAGUGCCAGGAGAUCCCUCAGCUCAGGCUCAGGGUUGGGGCUGGAGCUUUCCCAGCCCCACCUGGCCCCUGGCGUGCGGAAGGGGACGGGGACAGGGGACGGGGACAGGGCCAGGGCAGGUGGGGGGGUAUGGUUGACACCCGGCCCAGAGCUGGCGCCACCCAGCAGUGACCAGCGUCCUGCCCAUUCAGAAGAGACUCGCCUCCUUUGCCACUUUAUCCCAAGGACGGGCCUUGAAAACCUGCCCCAAAUACACCUAAAACCGCCUCCUUCCUUCCCGGCAUUUAACACCGCAAGAAAAGUCGGGACCGAACCGGCCGGGCGCGUCGGACUCCAGCAGCGGGUUUGCAAGACGAGAUCCGCGAAAACCAUCUCCAAAGUAGCGUAUCACCAGGGAGUGGUGAUAGUGAAAUGCCCCGGCUGCCAGAACCACCACGUCAUAGCGGAUAACCUGGGAUGGUUCACAGAUUUGGAAGGAAAAAGGAAUAUCGAGGAAAUCCUUGCGGCCAAGGGGGAGAAGGUGAGGCGUGUGGUCGGCGAGGACGCCUUGGAGCUGCUCCUGGAGAACGCAGCGGACGCAGCUCCCCAAAGCCACCCCGCAGAGGGAGACGGUGGGGGAGGCUCCCCUAAGUCCGGAGGCAGGGACCCGACCUGAUCCCCGGGAUGUCCCUGGGGAUAGAGAGACCGCAGCGCCGCCUUGUGCUUUUCAGACAUGCGUGGUUCUUGUAAAUAAAUUCAGCCGCACAAAA